GCAAUAAAAAAUAAAACAGAAACAAACAACAAAUCCUCACAUUUGGUGUAAUGUAGCGGGAACCAGAGAUGUUUGGCAUUUUUGCUCAAUAAAGGAUUUAAAAGAUGAACUGUUAAUCAAACUUCUUGCUGAUCAAUUUUCUGUCAAUUGUAAUGUAUAUGACAAUUUUCUAAAUUUUCCGAGUGAAUGGCCAUAAGUGACUAUGCAGAGUAGUUGUGAUGGUUGUAGUUGUAUUAUCUCUCUGCGUAGAGGAUGCAUGUAUAUUUUCAAGGUGCGAAGUUUGGACACCUCACAUAUAAUGUUGUUAAUCCUUGUCUGUUACAAAAAAAGAUGUACCUGUAUUCAAUUAAGGUUUAAAAAACAAAGCUACAUCGUCUAAUGGAAAACUGAGUUACUGUUGAAGACAUUUUGUAACUGUCCAGUUGCUUGAAUGCUAAAAUGUUCGUCAUAAUUCAGAAAAGGGAUACAGCUGCACACGUUCUCAAAGUAAGCUAACCGGAACUCACCGAUGGCGAACUGAUUAAGAAACAAACAAAAGAAAAAUAGUCCAUCUUAUGAGGGAACAGCCCACUCCAAAAGAGACAGAGUGCAUUAACUGCUGUUAUUAAGUUGGUAUUUGAACUGAAGCAUUAAGUUGAAAAAGGGACAUGGAACCCAGGACCGCUGUUUUUCCAGUAACAACAUCUUUUGUCACUCAAAGUAAAAUGUAAAAGCAGCAUUCAUUAGGUUUACUUAAUGAUUUGCCUACAGCCAAUAUUUUAAUCAUCACUUCAUCAAUAGACAGUAUAAAAAAUAAAGUUUAUGGUCUUUAAAAUCAUCAUGACCACUGAGAGCAACACAAACACAGCAUGUAUUGAGUUAAAGUUUGUUUCCUUUUCUUACUCAGGAGUAUACUGGCAGCUUAAUAAAAAGUGGAUGGAAAAUUUUCCUGCUCACAUGUACCUCAGAUCCCAGCCUAGCAGACAGCACUCUCUUCUCUCGCCAGCAACACAAUGAUGCAAUUAAGGACUUUAAUUUUCACAUCCGUCAUGCUGCCAUGGAUACUGUCUUCUGCAGCAAAAGAUGAAUACAUGCAAAAAGACAUUGCAAACGCUACAGACUAUAUAUUUCAAGACUCAGACGCUGACCUAGCUCCAAAAGCCCAUGAGCUGCCGACAUGUCUGCUGUGUGUUUGCCUGAGUGGAUCUGUUUACUGUGAGGAGGUGUCCCCUGGAAUGUCAAGCGUCCCAGCACUGCCAAAGGAAACAGCAUAUCUCUAUGCACGUUUCAACAGUAUCACAAAAAUAAGCAACAAAGACUUUGCAGACAUGGCCACACUGAAAAGAAUUGACCUAUCUGGCAAUCACAUCGCUGAGAUACAAGAUGGUGCUUUUUCAAAACUUCCCAACCUUGAGGAGCUCACUCUUGCAGAAAACAGACUGACUAAACUUCCCACGCUGCCCACCAAACUAGUAUCAUUCAAUGCCAAUUUCAACAGGCUUACAAACCAAGGUGUAAAGGCUACUGCUUUUAAGGGACUCUCGAGACUGGCAUAUCUUUACCUUGGAAACAAUCAACUGACAGCAGUGCCCCAACUUCCAGAGUCUCUUCAGGUUGUGCACCUGCAUAACAACCAGAUCAUAACGAUAACAGAUAAGACGUUCUGCAAAGGUAACACCAGUCACUACAUCCGGACCAACAUGCACGAGGUGAGACUGGAUGGGAACCCCCUCGUGUUGUCAAAGCACCCUGACAGCUUCAUCUGUCUGCAGUCUCUCCCCAUCGGACGGUACAACUGAAAUACCCAAAGCAUGCUUUUGACAGAGGUAAACCUUUAAGGGAAAGUUCUGUGUAAAAUGAAGGAUGCAGAUACACAGAUAGUAAAAAUACCAUUUGCAAAAUGCAGUUCUUAAGUUACAUUUUAUAUACUCAAAUCUACCGUACAGUUCAAGACCGCUUAACAGUUUUUUAUAAUUAGACAGAAAUCAUAUAAUUACAGAACAGCAGAAUUUAAACAAGAGGAAGAAAGAGCUUUUUUGUUUCUUAUCAAAUGCUAUCUGCCAGCGUUAAACACAUCUGUGCAAAAUCAUCCGAGAUGUCUCUAAAUGUGUAUUUUUUCUUUUGUUACAAUUUGGCUGAGACUGUUUUGUCUUGGCAGGUGCUACGCAAUGUUUUAGACAUAAUAAUACAUCGACAGUGACUCGUUGUCAAAUCAAUAUGAGACCACUGUUGAGAUUAUUUCAUGUGAUCUCACACCAGUGGUAUUAUUACUGCUAAUGUUUCUUAAACUGAAGAUCAUAUUAACAAUAAAACCUGCAUGUUGGAAGCGAUUUCUCCAUCAGCCUUUUCACUCUUGGCUCCUUAAUAAUGUUCAUAACUGUGAUACGGUUGUUGUAUACCAGUAACAUGCUAUGAAGUCCAUUCCAGCCUGUUGGAAACAAGUAAGGAAACGAGAGUCCAAGAAUGCGUCCUUAGACAACACAUGAAGUCCACAUUAAAUCCGACCAUCGUUCACUUGUCUGCAGGCUCAUUAAGAACUAUCAAACCAUCUGCUAUCUUCUGCUGGUACACCCGUUCUGAUUGUUUUCUUCGGUAGACAUCAU